AUGUGCUACCUGUUUUCCUACUACUAUGUUGUAAGAGCCCAGAGCCUCAGCAGCUGGAUUCACCUGGGCUCCACUUUCUCCCAUGGCUCCGUAGAUUUUCCAGUCUCCUUUCCUCUGUGUGUGUGUCUGUUGCUGGCCUCUGGCUUUGCCCAGGCAGGCAGGCUGCUGGUGGUUCCCAUGGAUGGGAGCCACUGGUUCACCAUGCAGAUGGUUGUGGAGACGCAUGAGGUGGUGGUAGUUGUGCCAGAGGUGAGUUGGCAACUGGGAAAAUCCCUGAAUUUGACAGUGAAAAAGUAUUCAACAUCUCACACUCUGGAGGAUCUGGACCAAGAGUUCAAGGUUUUUAGUGAUUCUUGGUGGAGCCUUUGGGAAGGAACUGUCUAUGCUAUGUUAUACAACACAGCCAGAAAGUAUCUGGAAUUAAUAUUUUCACAGUGUAGGAGUUUGUUUAAUGGCAAGAAGUUGGUGGAGUACUUGGAGCAGAGUUCUUUUGAUGCUGUGUUUCUGGAUCCUUUCUAUGUGUGCGGCUUAACUCUUGCCAAGUACUUGUCACUCCCGUCCGUGGUCUUCACUAGAGUAUUUUGUUAUUUUCUCAAUGAAGGUGCUCAGUGCCCCAGUCCUCUUUCUUAUGUUCCCAGAAUUUUCUCGAAACUCACAGGCACCAUGACUUUCAAGGAGAGGGUAUGGAACCAUCUUGUCUAUAUGAUGGAGCAUCCCAUUUGCCCUUGUAUUUACAAAACUGCUGUAGAAAUUGCCUCUGAAGUUCUCCAGACCCCAGUGACUAUGGAUGACCUCGUCAGUCAAGUGUCCAUUUGGUUGUUAUGCACUGACUUUGUCUUGGAGUUCCCCAGACCUGUGAUGCCCAACAUGGUUUUGAUUGGCAGGAUCAACUGCCACCAGGGAAAGCCACUUUCCAAGGUAUGUUGUCUCUCCUUUAGCACAUGAGGACAAGCCUGGCUUUGGACAACAAAGAGGAAAUUCUUUAAUGAUCUGUGAUUUGAUAUUUACAUUAGCUGCAUCUGGAAUCUCUUUCUGGUUAAUAGAAAAUCUAUACAGGUGCCCUGUUAAUAUGGAUGUGUAUAUCCAGGGCAUAAUUGAAUAUAACCUCCAAACUAUGAUCUGGAUUUUAAUUUAUGUAUAUAUCUCCUCU